AUGUGCGAUUUCGAGAGCCGCCGCGUGCUUGACGAGCUUGCCGCAACAUCAACGCCGGCGGCCACCAGUUUGAGCCCUCCAGCAUCUACUCCUGCCGUCAGCGCCAGUAUUGCCCGGCCAUCGCCGUCAGUAGCCUCACCUACUCAGCCGCGAGCAAUACCAAUUCUCGCACAGGCCCAUCCUAACGGAGUGUCUCCUGAACCAGACACGUCGAGACCCGUGGAUCGACUGCUGGAGCUACGACUUCUCCAUCAGUACACUACCAGCACAUGCAAAACUCUGCUCACCAACUCGCCCGCCACAGACGACAUCUGGCAAAAGGCCGUGCCCGAGAUGGCGUUCAAAGGCAAGACAUAUCUGGCAGAUGCCAUGCUCUCCGUGGCAGCGCUCCAUCUGCGAUCACAGAAGCCCACCGAGAAGGCUCUUGUCCAGGCGUCGCAUGCAUAUUCCGCUUCGACUCUGGCAGCAUAUGUCGACACCUUGGACAAGGGAAUCACAGCAGACAAUGCGGAGGCUCUCUUUCUCACGGCGUCUCUCAUUGCUUUCCAGGCGACGGCCCAGCGGAUUUUCAUCAAGGACGACGCGGAAACGAGUGGCAACGACGGUUCCAGUCGAUACACGACGCCCAUGGCCUGGUUUCAUGCGUUCCAGGGAGUCAAGACCGUUGUUGCAACAUCGUGGCAAUGGAUACGUAACAGCAAUAUCGUUCAAGCCGUCAUUGAUUCACAGCCCAGUUUCCAACUAGAUCUAAACCCACUAGGACCCAAUUCCUUCUUCGGCCACCUGUUGGACGGUCUCGACGACGAACUCGCAAAUGAGAGCCAGGACAAGAUCACUGCCACGAGUCAAGGCUACUUUCACGCCGUUAGUGUCUUGAAUUGGGCUCACAAGAAUCCUUAUCCACCAGCCGCACUGGCAUUCCCUGCCACCGUCUCCCGGAGAUUUGUCGAAGUCGUCGAUGAGAAGCGUCCCAGGUCUCUUGCAAUAUUAGCUUGCUUCUUUGCGCUCCUCAAACGCAUGGAUAAUGUAUGGUGGCUCGAAGAUGUGACCCGCCGCGAAGUUAUGGGCUUGGUUGGCCUGUUUGAAUCCGGUUCGACGUGGUGGAGGCAUCUGGAAUGGCCGAUACGCAUUGCUCUCUGGGACGGGGGGGCGAUACCACCAGAUGUCUGGGGCGUGGAUUACGAAAAGGAAGCUGAAUCGAGCAAGGGAUACGGCGACACCAUGGUGAGCCACAUUGAACUGUUCUCCAGGCUUACGCGCAAUCCACAACAAGCUUCUGCUUCUUCCAUGUCGGCGCAGGCUGAGCUAGAGCUCAUGGCUGCUCCUCUGGAUUGA